CUGAAGGGUGGCUGCGGAAGGAUGUGGACUUUAUUUCUGAGAGCUGUUAGCGCGGUGGUGUUGUGCGCAGAGGAGCGCCGCGGGGGGUGCUUGGGCCUCCUCGGGGCGUUUUUGCUGCCCUCCGCGAGGCGAGGGCUGGCAGGACGUCUAUCGUUUUCCCCGGCGGACUCUUUCACUCUGAUGCGGCGGGAGGCCGGGGGCUAGGAUGGCACACACACUACUACUCCCUCUUUAGUUGGGGCAGACAGGGAGCGAGACAAUGAAGCUUCCUCAGUCCUCGCUGGGAGAGGAGCUGGAUGUUCCUGACAAUGUUACUUAUCAAUACAAUUGAAGUAUUGAAUUAUAUAUUAACAUCCAUAUAGCCAUCUUUAAAAAUGCUGAUAUCACUUUUUGUGGCCAAGAAUUGAAAUGGCUCAGGAGACAAACCAGACCCCAGGGCCCAUGCUGUGUAGUACAGGAUGUGGAUUUUAUGGAAAUCCUAGAACAAAUGGCAUGUGUUCUGUUUGCUACAAAGAACAUCUUCAGCGACAGCAGAAUAGUGGUAGAAUCAGCCCAAUGGGUAAAGGGACAGCUAGUGGUUCAAACAGUCCUACCUCAGACUCUCCAUCUGUACAGAGAGCAGAUGCUAGCUUAAGCAACUGUGAAGGUACCGCUAGUAGCACAUCUGGAAAAUCAAGAAACGUGCCUGUUGCCGCUUUGCCUGUAAUGCAGCAAAUGACAGAAAUGAGCAUUUCAAGAGAGGAGAAAGUAUCACCAAAAACAGACAUCAAGCCAGUUGUUACUCAACCAAGCCCAUCAGUUUCUCAACCUAGUACUUCACAGAGUAAAGAGAAAACUUCUGAACUGCCUAAACCAAAGAAGAACAGAUGUUUCACAUGCAGAAAGAAGGUUGGCCUUACAGGGUUUGAUUGCCGAUGUGGAAACUUAUUUUGUGGACUUCACCGUUAUUCUGACAAGCAUAACUGUCCAUAUGAUUACAAAGCAGAAGCUGCAGCAAAAAUCAGGAAAGAGAAUCCAGUUGUGGUGGCUGAAAAAAUCCAGAGAAUAUAAACUAGUCUAUUUGUGAAAUUACUGACUUUUGUUUUAUUUUAAUAUGCCCUAUGAAAGCAUUAAAGAGCAGAUGCAUGGCCAUUUUCCUUUGUUCUCCAAAGUUUUAAUUUUAGCCUUGUCUGUCUUAAUGUUUUUUCACAAUGUUUGGGUGUUUGUUACAGGCCAAAUUGGAUAGAUACAGUCCUUGAAAAUGUAUAUGCUUUCCACAGAAUAUGAUUGGAUGGCUAGAACCUGCACAGGAAUACACAUGCACAGAAGACAGGCUCUAGUUCACAUGUGCUAAAGAGACGUUUACUUAAUGUUUGCUGCAGAUCUGCCUUUUGAGAUGUUCAAGGUGUUUAUGACAAGCCAAAGACUCUGCCUGUUUGGGAGAAGGAUAUGUCAGAAAGGCUGAUGGUCUACUUCUAUCCAUUUGAAAUCUUAUUUUAUUUUUACUUUCCAUGCUCCAUUGUAUUCCAGCAGAAUAUAAGACAUGUAGAGGGCUCUACCAUCCAGUAAGAUGAGUGUUGGUGCCAUAUUUAAUAAAAAUUAAUUUAGCAAUUGCAAUGAGAAAAAUGGGAAAAAUCAGAUAUGUAUGAGAAGAAAACUAUUUUAGAACAGAUAACUUGAGAAUAAUGAUUAUAAUAAUUUCCCAAAAGAAAUGUCCUGUUAGAAAUUAAGAACUGUUCUGCAACAGUUGUAUGCUUUUCCUUGCAUAGCUAAUAAUGUUGUGUAGCACAAUAUUGUGCUAAGAUUAACUUAGAAAACAAAAGCUACGGGUGGUAUUUUUAGAAAUAACACAGCAACUCUAUCAAGUGACACAUGCAUCCGUGUAAGUUGCAGAAGUAUUUGAGCAGUUUAUUAUUCAUGUGCUUCUUAAAUUCAGCACAUUCUGGGUUCAAAAGAUUAUUAGGAGCUUUUUUCAGUUAAAAAAAAGAGAAGUUUUAAAUGUAACAAUUGUUGUGUAUGGGAAUCAUACCCAACAUGACUCCUGUAGACUUAAGUGGGAGCUGGAACUACUCUUGGAAGGCUGCUUUAUAAUUUUUAAUUGUAUUUGGGUGUAGGUCUGCAGUGUUCUUGGGUGUUUUGCAUGGGCUCCAUUAUCUACAGCUUUGUAUAAUAACUAGAAAGGACAGUAUAGUUCACUGAUGCUUGUCUGGUAAAAUAAUUUCUGUGUUAUAAUGGAAGGGGGUUUUGUGAUGUAUGAAAAUUGUGGUGGUUUUUUAUAUAAUCAAGUAUAGUGUAGACUAGUGUUGUAAUGCCUCUCCAUGUAUAUGUACACAAGAUGCUACUUAUGAUUUGUAUUGCAGUGUUCAAUCUUAGUUUUUUAGUUUACUAUUAAAAAAUCAAGCUUUUGCUUUAAAUUUGUUCUUUCAAUUAGUUAUCAGAUAUGCAAGCAUGUACAGAUAGUUCAUGCUUAGGUAUUGCACAUAAUCACUCUAUCCAGCAUCUAUGCUCUGCUGUAUUAUGUAAAUAAUAAAAAUGAUGUACAGAAGGAAA